CCCGAUUCCGCGUGACAUCGUUGAACAUACAUCGACUCCUGGUGACAACGGUGAUGGUGGCUUCGAAAUACUUCGAUGACAAAUAUUACAACAACGUGUAUUUCGCAAAGGUUGGGGGCAUUCCGUCUAAGCAGUUGAAUGCGCUAGAGUUAGAGCUUCUGUUCCGGCUAGACUGGACAUGUUACGUCUUACCUGAGGUCUUUGCUAUGUACAUCCAGGAAUUACUGCGCAGAGCAGCGAAAGAUUCUAUACGGUCCAAGUCCGAGUCGGUCGAUCCCGAGAAGCUCAUACGCCGGUUGCGGCGUGUGUCUAUCUCCGAGGACAAACACCAUCGCAUUCGCAUGCGUAUGAGAGACAGUGCCGAACUGUCGCAGUUGUUAAAAGACACACCGCAUCCCAACGCAUCUGUACUAGACUCAGCGGCGAUUGGCGCCAUGAAGAGCGGAGUCAAUAGCGCUGCCAGCACAGCGCCUAACACGCCAUAUAUCAAGGGUGUGAGUAUGGGGGAGAGCGAGGACGAGGACGAAGAAUACGGACUGGAUGAUUACACCAUGCGACCUGACUCGGACUCCAGCACCGCAUUAAACAGCUCAGAUACGGAGACACAGAGCGGAAGUGAAACCGAAACCGAAACCGAAAGCGGGAGCGAAACAGAAGAGGAAAGCGAAGGAGGUAGCAGCGGCAGCACAGCUCUAUACAUGGCCAUUGACACACAAUCACGCGCGCACGACAACCACGCACACACGCACACGCACGACGUACCAACACACCGGCAUACGUGUGGACGCUUAAUCAAAGAAUGUACGCCUAUGCGGCCAGAUGUACGUGGAGAUGGCGCCAGACUGACGCGCAGGCACAGCCAGAAGGAGAUAGAUAUGGUCACACACUCCAACACGAAGUCUAACCGGAACGCACAUGUGCACGCUCACGCAUGUAAGAAACCGGAACGCACAUGUACACACAGAUGUAAGAAACUUCCCCCGGCUGUACCUACCCUACUCUCCGCUAGGAUGUCGCCCGAGCAUAACAGCGUCGGUAGCGAGUUAAAUACGGAUGAGUCUGACCAUGACGAAGGUGCUGUGCGUGUACAUAUCGCUGAGGAUGCGGAGAAGGAGAAGCAUGAUAAGGACGUGGAUGAGGAGAAGCAUAAACAUGAUAAGGAUGUGGAUGAGGAGAAGCAUAAACAUGAUAAGGAUGUGGAUGAGGCGAAGGAUGGCUUACGAGGUUAUUCAGGCACAACGAAGAGCGAAAAUGAGAGUGAGAGUGCGCGCGACUAUGCGAGUGAGACGGAGGGUGUGCACAUAUUCGUAGAUGGAAGCGAUGGCACUACAGACACAGGGAAGCAGGCGGCAAACACUGAGCCACGCAAUCGUAGUACACGCAAUACACCUGUGUGUACGCGCAUGGAUACGACAAGUAUUGUUGCAGAGAUCGAUACUUCUCAGUCAAGUGCACAGUCAACAGAAAGUCCGUUGAGAACAAGCACCAGCCCAGCUCCACUACAUCGACGCGCACGCUCAGUCACAUUCUCGCCCGAGGUUCUCCAGGAGGUGGCGGGAGACAGUAAAAGCCCUGUAUCGGUGAUUAAACCGUCACUUGUGCUGAAUACGUCACCCGUAGUAGUAGAAAAUGAACCAAUAACGUAUCCUGGACGGGGUACAACUCUGCUUGGGCGAUCACGGAGUACAGAAGAACGCGGAAUAACAUGCCGUGCGUGUGGGGCUGAAUGUGACAGUACGGGACGCGCGAAGUCGCUAUCGCCACCGCCCCCACGCGCACACACACGUAUGAAGGUAUAUCCACGGACAAGCACUCACACACACGGGCAUGGAAGUGAUAGGACACCUGCAUACAUGGACAAGCAAAGGCACGCUCGUAAACAGCACAGAUCAAAUGUGGGAGAUAACGGGGGUGGGUUUUCUAAUCCUGACGGCUGUGCUGUAUGUGAUAUGGGCGUUGCCAUGGCACCACACGCCGCCUCAGACACACUCAGCCCUCCAAACACGCCGCUACACACCGCCUCUGGUACGCGUUCGCGUUCACAUUCACGUUCACGUUCGCGUUCGUGUUCGCGUUCGCGUUCGUGUUCGCGUUCGCGCUCAUGCUCGGAAUCCGUGUCACGCUCUAGAUCACCACCCUGUGCAUGUACGUGUGAGUGUCAGCAACACUCUCCUUCAGCUGCACCGUUGAGGCCACGCACGUGCAAUACGGCGUCCACAUGUACACCCAACCACAGACACACCUCUGUAUCCCCUCCUUUUAUGUCGCGAACACCCGCACAGGCACAGGUACAGGCACUUACUCGUUCAUUUAGGGAGACUACGACGCCAACUGCUGCCAUCACACCCAUGAGAAGCCAAAUAGCGCCAAGCACUCCCAGGUCGGCAAAGUUUGAUACACCUACAACUCCUCACAGCAGCUCGAGUACCGGUCAGAAAACUGGGUCUGCAAGGGGGUCUGCAAUCUUCAACAAAACCAGGAGCCUGGAACGGCAGCGCAGUAAGUCGCCGAGUGUUGCGGUCGUGAGGUUUACGGAGAACGCACCAGAGAUUAAAUACUUUGAUAAGGAUGUCCACAGCGAGAAAAUGGACAGCUUCCUGGCGACAGAUGGGUGUGAGGAUACUCGUGGGGAGGCGGAUGGGCCUGGUCGAAUAGCUGGACGAAAAGAUGCAAAAGACACGGGCGGUGGUAAGUGCAAUGAUACCCAAUUGCCUGAACAGAGAGGGGUCGGGAACUCCAGCCCACACACUGAACUGUGUGGGCGUGACAAUGGAGGCAAGGCAGGUACCAGUACACCGACAGAGAGAGGCAGUGCUACAGCGAACGAAAGCAGCACUCUAUUCGCGUUUAACGCAGGAGCGUUUACGUACAAUCCAGCAGAUGCAUCCACUCAGCACGAGUUGGGUCGACCGCGUGCGUCGCAUUUUGCGGAGGGGGUGUCGAAUUUGGGACUAUCAUGGGCGAGUAUGCCCAGCCAUGUCUUUGGCACUGACAGCCCUAUUGCCAGCGAAGAUGCAAACGAGGACUUGGAUAGGGGGAGUGGGGAUGCAGUUGGUAAGAAAGAUAUGAUAGAGGACGCAAGCACAUGAACUGUCACUCAAUGCAGGAUACCAAUUUUGCACUAUUUCAUCAGCAUGGGUUUAGAUGGAGUGCCCUGGUGUACUUGAAGAUAGCUCGACCUCCGUAUACAACCUCAGGGCUCUAAAAAUCUGAGUACUAUUCAGAGUGAUACAUGGUUAGUACGAGCAUAUUUCGCACUAGAUGAAAACUCGUAACUAUCGAUUCAGAACAUUGAAAGAAUGGCGGCACUAAACGAGAAAGUACAAUUGACAACCCAAGCGAUAUGUAUGCUGCUUCAGUGUGGAGGUCGCACGAGGACGUAGUAUGCUCAAGUGAAUACUAUGCUCGUCAUGAGAUGCCCACCGAACCGGUUGGAGGGAAGUGGAAGGCUUUGGAAUUGAGUGAGGGGCUGUAUCGUGGGAAACAAGGAAGGCCUGUGCGAUUCGUGGGGUUUUGUUGUGCAGUGUGUUCGUUUAAACAUUAUGUGCAUCGUGUGAUAUGCAAACGACUGCCACUCUCAAGGACCUGAUAACCUGAAACCGUCAAAGACAGUGGACGUGUUGAGAUGCAAAGACCGUGGUUUUGGUUUCGUAUUUUCAGAUUCGUCUGGGUACACGAAAAUGAUGUAUAUGUCGAAAUUCACGGUUUUAACAGUAGAGAGUUGUAAGGGCCGAUUCACACUGCGAUUUCAUUAUAUGAACGGUUAAUGCUGGUAGAAGCUUAUUAAAUGCUAUCAACAGGGAC